AUGCACAGAGACUCACCUCUUUCCCCACACUACCAACCGUCUGUGACGUCCGAAUAUCGCGUCAAGGACAUGAUUGAGCGUUCCAUAUCUCGAGCUCGUUACAUCUCAUCCAUCAUCUCCAGCACUAGUUAUAGCGAUAAUGAUAAUGAUGGUUAUAGCGGUGGUGGUGGUGGUGUAUAUACUAGCAUUGCUUCUUCUUCAUCAUCAUCAUCAUCAUCAUCAUCAGCACCAUCACCAGCACCCUUAAAUAUAAACUCAAAAAUGCUCCCAAGCAAUGGCGACUAUAUCACGCAGUUGGAGAUCGGCACACCACCAGUCAAGGUUGUGACCCUCGUCGACACUGGCAGUGACCUGGUAUGGGUCCAGUGCAAACCUUGCGACCAGUGCUAUAAUCAAGAUGAUCCCAUCUUCGAUCCCAGCAAAUCAUCCACCUUCAAAGGCUCAGUUUCAUGCAAAGAUGACAUUUGUCUUGCAAUCCGAACCUCAGAGUGCAUCAAUAACCAGUGCAACUACAUGUAUGAAUACGCUGACGGUUCUUUAACGAGUGGGAACCUCUCUAGGGACACAUUCACCUUCUCUUCCGGCUCAGACGAUAAACAGCAGGGGAACACCUCCUCCUCCAUCCCCGGAAUAGUCUUCGGCUGUUCUCAUAACAGCAAUGACACCGACUUCACCUAUUCAACUCUCAACUUGGGCGAUAACGCACUUGUCAAUGACCCUGGCUUUAUCACCAUUUCCAUGGGCCGCCGUGCUCUUACCUACUACACUGUCAAGCUGAAGUCCAUCGCUGUAGGGAAAGAUACCAUUCCAAAUGAUCCUUUUGAUACAAAUAUCCUAGUCGACUUGGGCACGGCCAUCAGCUUCAUACCAGACAUCAUGUUGAGCAAAUUGAUCGAUGACCUGUCCAAAAUGGUCAAUCUCACCCGAACUAAUGAUCCUCAUAAUUACUUGCCACUUUGUUAUUCCCACUCUGUCAAAGACCCACCCUAUCCCUUCCCGGACAUCACUUUCACCUUCUAUAAGCGGCCCCAUGAUACUGAUGGGGAAUCGAUCGUGCUGACUCCCAUGCAGGCGUUCUUCCACGUCUCCGAUACUGUACUAUGCUUGGCCAUGCAUGGCAAGAAACUGGUGGGCAUUUCCGUUCUCGGUAAUAUAGCGCAGCUGAACAUGCACGUUGGUUAUGAUCUCCACAAUAACGUGCUUUCCAUGGCUACUGUGAAUUGUUCCAAAUUCUAG